CCAUGUGGAGGAGGAGCAGCGCAGCCCCGGUGCUGGUGCUGGCGGCGUGGGCGGUGCUGCGUGCCGCGGCUGCUCAGCCGGGGGCGGGGGAGCAGCUGGUGCGGCGCAAGAGGAUCGUCGGCGGAGACCCCGCCCCGCAGCCGCCCGCCGACGACCCGGCGGUCGUCAUCUACCGCGGCGACGAGCAGGCCACGCUGCGGGGGGUGCGCGAGGGCCCCUACUACGCCUUCAGGGGCAUCCGCUUCGCCGAGCCCCCCGUCGGCAGGUUCAGGCUUCAGAGACCUCGAAGAGCUUUUCUUUCUGGUACAUACAGUGCCACAAAGCCACCUCCUCCGUGCCCUCAACCAGAUCCUAGAGGAACAGGUGGCAUUGUUGGAAGUGAAGAUUGUCUAUUCCUGAAUGUCUUCACACCAAAACUUCCAGAUGGAAGUAGUGGUUUACCAGUGCUGUUUUGGAUUCAUGGUGGUGGUUACCGUCGUGGCUCAGCAUCUCAAUAUGGAGUGACACCACUAUUGAAUAAAAAUGUAGUAGUUGUUACUAUACAAUAUCGUCUUGGAACAUUGGGUUUUCUGAGUGGUGCAUCUAAAGAACUCCCAGGAAAUGUUGGACUUUUUGAUAUGUCUUUGGCUCUUGAUUGGGUUCGUGAUUACAUCAAAUUCUUUGGAGGAAAUCCAGAUCUUAUUAAAGCAUGUGGGCAAGGCACUGGAGCUAGCAGUGCAAUACUAUUGUCACUGUCCAAGAUAUCACAAGGAUUUCUAGGUGGUAUCAUAGCUCUAAGUGGGACAGCAUUGUCAGCUUUUGCAGUUGAUAAUGAUCCUCUGGGAACAGCUAGAGAUUUAGCUACAAAAAAUGGCUGCCCGGUAUCCCCCAUGCUUGCAAUGGUACGAUGUUUACAAGAACUUCCUGUGGAAUCACUUAUAAAGGCUGAUUCAAACCUUCAGGAUGCUAGACUUUUAGCAAAGGGACUUAUUGCUGGUUUAAAAGGAUUACUUGGGCCUGCUCCUGUUGUUGAUGGUGCACAUGACAACAGGUUUAUUCCCAGUUUCCUUCAGGAUGAACCACUUAAUAUUCUCAAGUCUGGAAAUUUUCCAAAAAUACCACUGCUGACUGGAAUCACAAAAGAUGAAACAUCAACUGCUAUACUAGGUGAUUACCAGAAUGAUAUUUUGGGAAAGUUAUCAACAAUUCCUAAUUACGCAAACCAGAUAGUUGAUGGCCUUGGAGCCUCCAUAACAUCAGUUACCAAUGCUACAAAGCAGCUGACAUCAAUUUCCUCAAUUUAUUUCAAUUCUGGUGUUCUUACAAAUCCGGAAAAAAUUAUUAACAAAUUAAUAGAGGCAACUGGGGAUGCACUAUUUAGUCUCCCAGCUUUUGAGACUUCACAAUUGUGGUCAGAUAAAUUUCCUACUUACCUGUACAGUUUUGAACACAAAGGGAAGCAGAAAGGUGGACCUGAGUUCCUCACUGGUCUUCCAUUAGUCCAACAGACACUGACACCAGCUCCCAAUGAAGGUAUUGGACAUGGAGAUGAUUUGCCCUUUUUGUUUGAUGCAUUGCCACUUGAUGGGAAUAAAAUACCUGGAACUAGUUUUAAACUUACGGAUCCUGAUGACCUUGCAGUGCAAGACCUGAUGACAUCAUACAUAGCAGAGUUUGCAAAAACUGGAGUCCCUGUCAAUGGUACUUCAGAUGGUAAAGGCACCUGGUUGCCGUUUAGUAGAUCAAACAACAACUAUCUGCAAAUAGCAAGAAACCCCAUGCCAGCUAAGGAUUUCCGUUUCUGUCAGCUGGCUGCCUGGGCUGGAAUAGCGGAACGUCUGCAAACAACAUCAUGCCAGGCUUUCAACGUCGCUAAGGAUCUUGCUGGCUCUAUUACAGAUGUCAAAAUAGUACCUGUUGCUGUUCCACUUAACACACACAUUUUACCUUUUGGAGGAUAGUUGGAAUCUCUCAAAUGACUCAUUCUCUCAUGGACGAAAUAAGAAGCAGUGCUUUAUGAAAUAACUUCACUUAAGCAAACUUUAAAGAUCUGCUGUUUGUGAUACCUUUGAUAUUAGUGCUAGAUAAAUUUACCGUUAUCUGUAAACUUCAUGUUGCAGUUGAUUUAAUAAUGAAACUUCAUUUCUUGUUAAAGUUUUAAUUUUAUUUUCUGUACUGAAGAAAAAUAUAUUUUCUUCUGUUAAGUAACUUUUUGAUAACUCCUCUCUGCACACUGAUAAUGCCGGUAUGCUGUUGUCAAAAGUGUUCACAAUAAUAAUAGCAUAAAAUUAUUUCUCUGCCAUUACUGAUUAAUAUUUACAGUAAAGAAGGAAGGUAUUAAAUACGUUAUGUCUCCAAAGUUCUCUAGUAUUUUUUCAUGGUGUAGAUUAACAAAUAUUUUAGAUUACAGCAGUUUAACUCCAUACAUUUCAAAACAAAUGUUAAAAAGUAUAAUUGUGCAUCUUUAAUAUUAAAUGCAACAAAUUUGCUGCUU